UGGGCUUCCCUGAUCACCAACAUGGACUACCUACCCGGUCUCCUCACCCUUCACCAUUCCCUUAACCACCCGCAACCUGACCCCAGCAUCACGAACACGAACACGGCUACACCUCCAAACCAAGGCACCCGCUACUCCUUUGUGGCCUUCUACACCUCGAGCUUCCCACCCGAAGGUCUCAAAAUUCUCCAGUCUCGCGGCAUCGCCGCACAAUGGGUUCCCAAAGUCGUCCCCGCCAGCACGCGCGAAUACAAACAAGACCCACGAUUCGCCGACACAUGGACGAAGCUAGUUACAUUCUCACUGGAAGAAUACGAGCGCGUGGUCCUGCUAGAUGGCGAUAUCUUAGUGCGCCAAAAUAUGGACGAAUUGAUGGAGGUAGAGCUGGAUCCGAAGGCGGCUCUAGAAGACGGGACCGGAAAGCGGGUUUUCGCAGCGACGCAUGCUUGUGCGUGUAACCCGAUGAAGAAGCCUCAUUAUCCGGCGAACUGGAUCCCCGCAAACUGCGCAUACACAGCACAACACCUAAUCCCAGACUCGGCGCAUAACUCCGCCCCGCCAACAAAUUCAGGCGUCGGCAUGCUAAACAGCGGCGUACUUGUCGUGACUCCCUCAUCCAGGAUCUACAGUGAGAUCUUGUCUGCACUGCAAGAGACAGAAAGGAUUGAAAAAUACGAUUUCCCUGACCAGGAGCUACUAUCAAAUGUCUUUGAUGGGCGUUGGGUUGCGCUUCCAUAUGUUUAUAAUGCGUUGAAGACUCUUCGGAUAGAGAAUGUACACGGGGCCAUUUGGAGGGAUGAGGAGGUCAAGGCUGUACAUUAUAUCUUUGCGAAGAAGCCAUGGCAUGAGGUGGAGGAGGCGAACGAGAAGAAGCUGAGUGAGCUUAGUUUGUGGUGGUGGGAGGCUAAUUGGCAGAGGCAGAGGCUGGAGAGAGAGGAUGGGGUUGCGGAUACGUUUUCGGGGUGA